UUUUCCAAAUUUCAAUUCGAAAUAUUUCUUGUUACAAUUUCCAAAAGUUGUUGAAACUGAAUUGUUAGUGGAUCUAAUAGAAUUGGGGGAAGGGAUUUCCGACAGACGAUCGUCUUGAAAGUCCAACAGUUCUAGUUGCUGAGAAUCAAUCUUGAAAUCUAACCUGCUCCCCACAACAGCAGUUACAAUUCUCCACUAUGGUUGCUGUUGAUAAUACUGUGCAGAGGAGCAUAAAGUUCAAAAUCACUUCAAAAGGAAAACGGUGUGAAUUAGAAGACAAGUCAAGUGGUAACAUCAUGAUGAUAGUGAAUAAUGAAUGUAGAGAUGGAGUUAAUGCAAAUGGAAAAUCUAUUCCAGUCAAAUAUACUAAGUCAGGCAACUCUAACAAGCGUAAACCCGGAGUGAUCCUUGAGUGCCAAGGGGAGAAAAAGCAGAGGACAGAACAAAGUUUCAAAGAGCAAUAUAGUAAAAUUUUGAGAUUGUUGAUGGGGCACCCUCACGGAUUUGCUUUCAAUCAACCAAUUGAUCCUGUGAAGCUGAAGAUUCCGGAUUAUUUUUCAAUAAUCACCGAACCAAUGGAUUUGGGAAAGAUAAAGUGUAAACUAGAGGAAAAUAGAUACUUUGAUGCAGAGGAAUUUGCUAGGGAUGUGACGCUGACUUUUUCCAAUGCAAUGGUGUACAAUCCUCCUGGGAACUACGUUUAUAACUUCGCGAUGGAAUUAAAUGAUCUCUUCAAUAGGAGAUGGAACUUAUUGAAGGCAAAAUUGAACGUGAUCGACGAAGGAACUUCACUAGAGCUGGAAAAAGCAAUAAAGGUUUCUUUGGAUGUAAAAGAAGGAAAGGGGAAGCCUGCAAGAACAACACAAAGUGGGUGCCCCAGGCUAGUGAAAACUUAUCAUAAAGAUAAUGGAAAUCAAAGUGCAUUUGCUACUUCCAAUAAAAAGCAACCGUUUUAUUUCCCUGCAGUCAAAUGUGCUACAUGUGGCAGUCUGACGUGCCAAUGUAGCCUCAGAUGUCCUGUUAAGCCAUCUUCUAGUGAUUUUUCUUCAGAAAGAUUAUCUGAUCGUGAUCACUCUAGUGAUUCUAAACUUGAUUGUAAAGUUAAAUAUCCUUUGACAUCUCAAGCAAGAGGAUUAUCGCUGGAUUCAUAUGGGCAUGAAUGUGUUCCCAAUGAAGACAAUUUUCAGCAAAGAGUCUCUUCCCCAGCCACAACUGCUGCAAUUGAUAAAGGAUGGACUUCCCCUGUUAAUAUGUCGCCAAAGAAGGUUUUGCGUGCUGCCAUGCUGAAAAGCCGCUUCGCAGAUACUAUCUCCAGAGCUAGACAUCAUGCUCUCCUGGAUCAUGACAAGAAGAUUAAUCUUCUGAGUAGGCAAAAAGAAAGGGAAAGACUGGAAAGGCAGCAGUGUGAAGAGAAGGCUAGGAUUGCAGCUGAAAAUAAAACUGCUGUAGCAGCCUCCCGAAUGAGGGUAGAGAUGGAGUUGAAGACGAAGCGUGAGAAGGAAAGAAAAGCAGCCAGAAUUGCAUUAGAAAAGAUGGGAAAAACAGUUGAUAUCGAUGAGAAUCGAAAUAUUAUGGAGGAGUUUGAAGCAAUAAUUGGAGGCUUCAGCAGUGGUAACUUGAGAAAUCCCCUGGAGCAGAUUGGGUUAUACAUAAAAGAUGAUUACAUGGAAGAAGAUGAAGAGGAGGCAAUUUUGCAGGGAGAAGAGGGGGAAAUUCUUUCAUAGUCUUAGCUGCAGAGAUGUAUAGUUGAGGUGUUAAUUGUAAAUUAGUAUUCUUUUUGUGGGCUGUUAGGAAAAGGCAAGUCUCUAAUUAGUCAAACAAACAUUUUAAGUACAACUUGUGCAUAAUUUCUUGUAGUUGCUGUCGAACCAAAAUAUAAUACAACUCGUGAAUAUCUUUUUGUGUAUG